AUGUACGGCGACGUGUUCAACGCCACGGGCGGCCCCGAGGCGGCGGUAGGCGGCGCGCUGGCCCUGGCAGCCACGGUCAAGGCGGAGGGCGCCUUGCCGCUGGAGCUGGCUACCGCGCGCGGGAUGCGGGACGGCGCGGCCGCCAAACCCGACCUGCCCACCUACCUGCUGCUCUUUUUCCUGCUGCUGCUCUCCGUGGCGCUCGUCGUCCUCUUCAUCGGCUGCCAGCUGCGCCACUCGGCCUUCGCCGCGCUGCCCCACGACCGCUCGCUGCGGGACGCCCGCGCGCCCUGGAAGAUGCGGCCGGUGUAGCAGCGGAGCCAGCCAUGCCGGCAGGCGCCGGGUCCCGGCCUCGCUACGAGCCGGGCAGCGUGCACCUGACGGCCCUGGGAACACUGCACCCUGACCUCAACACCCUUCCCGCCCUGGAGGAGCACCCGGGGCGUCAAGGGAGUCGGAGGCGUUAAGAGGCAGCAAAGGGUCCCGAUCCUCGUGGCCGCGGCGCACUAAGGUUCUGCUCCCUGACGGAGCCUCUCUUAUCUGGACAGCGGGCC